AUGGAUUUAGGAGUCGUGGUAGUGGUGGUCUUGGUUGUGGUAGUCUUUGUCGUGGUCUUGGUUGUAGUGGUGGUCAUGGUAGUGGCCAUAGUUUUUGUAGUGGUGGCUAUGGUUGUGGUCGUGGUAGUGGCCAUGGUUGUGGAUGUGGUCGUGGUGGUUGUGGUGGUCGUGGUAGAGGUCAUGGUUGUGGUAGUGGCCAUCGUUGUGGUCGUGGUUGUAGUGGUUGUGGUGGUCGUGGUAGAGGUCAUGGUUGUGGUAGUGGCCAUCGUUGUGGUCGUGGUUGUAGUGGUUGUGGUGGUCGUGGUAGAGGUCAUGGUUGUGGUGGUCAUGGUUGUGGUCGUGGUCAUGGUUGUGGUUGUGGUCGUGGUGGUCAUGGUUGUGGUCAUGGUGGUCACAGUUGUGGUCGUUGUGGUCGUGGUGGUCAUGGUUGUGGUCAUGGUGGUCAUGGUUGUGGUCGUUGUGGUCAUGGUGGUCAUGGUUGUGGUUGUUGUUCUCGUGGUGGUCAUGGUUGUGGUCGUGGUGGCCGUGGUUGUGGUGGUCGUGGUAGUGGCCAUGGUUGUGGUCGUGGUAGUGGCCAUGGUUGUGGUCGUGGUAGUGGCCAUGGUUGUGGUCGUGGUAGUGGCCAUGGUUGUGGUCUUGGUGGUUGUGGUAGUGGCCAUGGUUGUGGUCUUGGUGGUUGUGGUAGUGGCCAUGGUUGUGGUCGUGGUGGUUGUGGUAGUGACGAUGGUGGUGGUAGUGGCCAUGGUUGUGGUAGUGGCGAUGGUCGUGGUAGUGGCCAUGGUUGUGGUCGUGGUAGUGGCCAUGGUUGUGGUAGUGGCCAUGGUUGUGGUCGUGGUAGUGGCCAUGGUUGUGGUCGUGGUAGUGGCCAUGGUUGUGGUCGUGGUAGUGGCCAUGGUUGUGGUCGUGGUAGUGGCCAUGGUUGUGGUCUUGGUGGUCGUGGUAGUGGCCAUGGUUGUGGUCUUGGUGGUCGUGGUAGUGGCCAUGGUUGUGGUCUUGGUGGUCGUGGUAGUGGCCAUGGUUGUGGUCUUGGUGGUCGUGGUAGUGGUCAUGGUUGUGGUCGUGGUGGUUGUGACGAUGGUCGUGGUAGUGGCCAUGGUUGUGGUCGUUGUGGUAGUGACGAUGGUCGUGGUAGUGGCCAUGGUUGUGGUCGUGGUAGUGGCGAUGGUCGUGGUAGUGGCGAUGGUCGUGGUAGUGGCCAUGGUUGUGGUCUUGGUGGUGGCCAUGGUUGUGGUCUUGGUGGUUGUGGUAGUGGCCAUGGUUGUGGUCUUGGUGAUCGUGGUAGUGGCCAUGGUUGUGGUCGUGGUAGUGGCCAUGGUUGUGGUCGUGGUAGUCGUGGUAGUGGCCAUGGUUGUGGUCGUGGUAGUGGCCAUGGUUGUGGUCGUGGUAGUCGUGGUAGUGGCCAUGGUUGUGGUUGUGGUAGUGGCCAUGGUUGUGGUCGUGGUAGUGGUCGUGGUAGUGGCCAUGGUUGUGGUCGUGGCCAUGGUUGUGGUCGUGGUAGUCAUGGUUGUGGUCGUGGCCAUGGUUGUGGUCGUGGUAGUGGCCAUGGUUGUGGUCGUGGUAGUGGCCAUGGUUGUGGUAGUGGCCAUGGUUGUGGUCGUGGUAGUGGCCAUGGUUGUGGUCGUGGUAGUGGCCAUGGUUGUGGUCGUGGUAGUGGCCAUGGUUGUGGUCGUGGUAGUGGCCAUGGUUGUGGUCGUGGUGGUGGCCAUGGUUGUGGUCGUGGUAGUGGCCAUGGUUGUGGUCGUGGUGGUGGCCAUGGUUGUGGUCGUGGUGGUGGCCAUGGUUGUGGUCGUGGUGGUGGCCAUGGUUGUGGUCGUGGUGGUGGCCAUGGUCGUGGUGGUGGCCAUGGUUGUGGUCGUGGUGGUGGCCAUGGUUGUGGUCGUGGUGGUGGCCAUGGUUGUGGUCGUGGUAGUGGCCAUGGUUGUGGUCGUGGUGGUGGCCAUGGUUGUGGUCGUGGUGGUGGCCAUGGUUGUGGUCGUGGUGGUGGCCAUGGUUGUGGUCGUGGUAGUCGUGGUUUCCUCCGUGUGGCUGGUGAUCGCCGUGGGUUUGGUGCGAGCCUAUUUGGCCAGAGGCAGCUACCACGGGCUUUUCUACUCCAUCGAGAAACCACUCAAGUUCUUUCAGACCGGGGCUCUACUCGAGAUCUUGCACUGCGCCGUCGGUAUCGUGCCCUCGUCCGUGGUGCUGACUGGAUUUCAGGUCAUGUCUCGGGUCUUCCUCACGUGGGCCGUCACUCACAGCGUCAGAGAGGUGCAGAGUGAAGACAGUGUCCUGCUGUUUGUCUCUGCGUGGACCGUGACUGAAAUCAUCCGUUACUCCUUCUACACCUUCAGUCUGCUCAACCACCUGCCCUACCUCAUCAAGUGGGCCAGAUACACCUUCUUCUUUGUGCUCUACCCGAUGGGCGUGACCGGCGAGCUGCUGACCAUCUACGCGGCGCUGCCCGUGGUGCAGAAGACCGGUCUCUACUCCGUCACUCUGCCCAACAAGUACAACUUCUCCUUCGACUACUACAGCUUCCUCAUCCUCGUCAUGCUCUCCUACAUCCCACUUUUCCCGCAGCUGUAUUUCCACAUGAUCCGGCAGCGAAAGAAGGUCCUGGGCCACGUCGACGACUACAGCAAAGUGGAGUGA